GUCCAAAAAAAGACCCGCCGAGCCGGAGUCCCGGGUGGACCAGCAGCAAGCCGCUCCGGGCUCCAUGACUCGCCGUCCUCGUUUGUCACCGGAGGAGUCUGUAGAAUGAAAACGGCUUAACAUAAAAAAUUUAAAAAAUAAGAAUUCAUAAAUAAAAGAGAGGAUAAAAAAAAAAGAGUCCCAAGCAAGCGCGCAAAGAUGUCGGUUCCUCUGCUGAAGAUCGGCGUCGUGCUCAGCACCAUGGCGAUGAUCACCAACUGGAUGUCGCAGACCCUCCCCUCUCUGGUGGGGCUCAACACCACCAAGCUCACGGCGGCGCAGGGAGGCUACCCGGACCGGAGCACCGGGGUGUUGCCGGCGAACCCGGAGGAAUCGUGGCAGGUGUACAGUUCGGCCCAGGACAGCGAGGGCAGGUGCGUCUGCACCGUGGUGGCUCCUCAGCAGUCCAUGUGCUCACGGGACGCCCGCACCAAACAACUGAGGCAGCUGCUGGAGAAGGUCCAGAACAUGACCCAGUCCAUCCAGGUCCUGGACCAGCGGACCCAGAGGGACCUGCAGUAUGUGGAGAAGAUGGAGGUCCAGCUCCGUGGUCUGGAGACCAAGUUCAGGCAGGUGGAGGAGAACCACAAGCAGAACAUUGCCAAGCAAUACAAGGCCAUAAAAGCGAAAAUGGAGGAGCUUAGACCGUUGAUACCAGUGUUGGAGGAGUACAAGGCCGAUGCCAAAUUGGUAUUGCAGUUUAAGGAGGAGGUCCAGAAUCUGACGUCAGUUCUAAGCGAACUUCAGGAGGAGAUGGGGGCCUAUGACUACGAGGAGCUCCACAGCAGAGUGUCAAAUCUUGAGGAGAGACUCCGAGCAUGCAUGCAAAAAUUAGCGUGUGGCAAGCUGACGGGCAUCAGCGAGCCCAUCACCAUCAAGACCUCCGGAUCCCGGUUCGGCUCCUGGAUGACGGACCCGCUGGCCCCUGAAGGAGAUACGCGGGUCUGGUACAUGGACGGCUACCACAACAACCGCUUCGUGCGCGAGUACAAGUCCAUGCAGGACUUCAUGACGUCGGACAACUUCACGUCCCACCGGCUGCCCCACCCGUGGUCGGGCACGGGUCAGGUGGUCUACAACGGCUCCAUCUACUUCAACAAGUUCCAGAGCCACGUGAUCAUCAAGUUCGACUUCCGCACCUCCUCCAUCAGCAAGUCCCGGCAGCUGGACUACGCCGGCUUCAACAACGCGUAUCACUACGCCUGGGGCGGCCACUCCGACAUCGACCUGAUGGUGGACGAGGGAGGCCUGUGGGCCGUCUACGCCACCAACCAGAACGCCGGCAACAUCGUGCUCAGCAAGCUGAACCCCAACACCCUGCAGAUCGUCAAGAGCUGGACCACCAACCACCCCAAGAGGAGUGCCGGCGAGUCUUUCAUGAUCUGCGGCACGCUGUACGUCACCAACGGAUACUCGGGAGGCACCAAGGUGUACUACGCCUACUCCACCAACUCCUCCACCUACGAGUACAUCGACAUCGCCUUCCAGAAUAAGUACUCGCACAUCUCCAUGCUGGACUACAACCCGCGUGACCGAGCCCUCUACGCCUGGAACAACGGCCACCAGGUGCUCUACAACGUCACGCUGUUCCACGUGAUCCGCUCAGAAGAACUGUAA